AUGAGUAGUGCAAGGAGGCAGACGAAAACUGCGGAACCAGAGGCGGAACAAUCUUUGAAUUUAACAGAGGAGCAGACUGAAGAGGCGCAGGAGGCCUUUCAGUUUUUCGAAAAGGACGGAUUCGUCAGCACCAAAGACCUUCAAUUGGUUCUGAGAUCUUUGGGCUACAACAGCUCCGAAUUGGAAAUCGACGACAUCGUCGCCAAAAUCGAUGUCGAAAACACUGGCAAAUUGGACUUCACCCAAUUUUUGCACGCGCUCAGCAGGAAGGUGAAGAGUUUGCAAAACGAGGAGGAGAUCAAAAAGGCUUUCAAGGUCUUCGACCAGAACGACGACGGCAUGAUCACGUCCUCGGAGUUGAGGAUCGUGAUGAAUCGACUUGGUGAAAAGUUGACUGAUGAGGAGAUUGAGGAGAUGAUUAAGGAGGCUGAUGUCGAUGGAAAUGGUGUUAUUGACUAUGAGGAGUUUUACUCGAUGAUGACGUCGGGAAAAUGA